AUGGUCACUCCUGCUGUCAAGCACACCAUUGUGAAGAAGCGCACUGCUCACUUCAAGCGUCACCAGUCUAACCGCUUCAUGCGUGUUGGUGAAUCCUGGAGAAAGCCCAAGGGUAUUGACAGUCGUGUCCGCAGACGCUUCAAGGGCCAAGCUCCUAUGCCCAAGAUCGGUUACGGAUCUGCCAAGAAGACCCGUCACCUUCUUCCCAACGGAUUCCGCAAGUUCCCCGUCUCCAACCUUAAGGAACUCGAUCUUUUGUUGAUGCACAACCGUACCUACGCCGCUGAGAUUGCCCACAACGUCUCCUCAAAGAACCGCAUUGCCAUCAUUGAGCGUGCUGCCCAGCUUAACGUCAAGGUUGUCAACGCCAACGCUCGUGUCAGAUCCCAGGAGUAAA